UAAAACCCUUUGGCUUCCCAAGAAAUAAUACCCUUUGGCUCAAUCUCAUGUUUAGCAGAAGGAAACAUGGUUGGCGGAGUUGCGCUUGGUCGUCUGGCUGAGGAGAGGAAAGCAUGGCGUAAGAAUCACCCAUAUGGUUUUGUGGCAAAGCCGGAGACUGGUCCUGAUGGCUCUAUCAAUUUGAUGGUUUGGCAUUGUACUAUCCCUGGUAAACGUGGGACUGACUGGGAGGGAGGUCACUAUCCACUGACGAUGCACUUCAGUGAAGACUAUCCUAGCCGACCCCCGAGGUGCAAGUUUCCUCAAGGUUUCUUUCAUAUUAAUGUCUAUGGUUCAGGAGAUGUAUGUUUGUCUAUCCUCAAUCCAAACAAUGGGUGGAGUCCAGCGAUUACAGUUAAACAAAUUUUGGUGGGUAUCCAAGAAUUACUCGACGAGCCAAAUCCCAGUUCUGCAGCUCAAUGCGACUGUAAUAAGCUCUUUAUGCAGGAUAAAGCUGAGUACAAGAGACGAGUGAAGGAACAGGCCAAGAAAUAUCCAGCUCCACUCUAAUAUUAGCUCUGCUUUUAAAGUAUAUAUAUAUAUAUAUAUAUAUAUAUAUGAACUUGACUAUGGGUAAACUUUCUCUUAAUUCUUAGCAACGUCUCGUUGAGACAGUGGUUCUGUGGCUACCUCAGUGAUUCAAAUAUGUAUGUGGUUGGAGCAUGCUC